UGCACCCUCGGAUUCCCGCAGCUCUAGAGCCGAAUCCGCGUCCCUGCAUCUCAACAGGUCAAGGGAGGUGACGAGGACGUCCCAGCAAGGACUGGAGGACCAAAGGAGCCGGAAGAUGAACACCUUCCACUGACCAGCAGCAAUGGCUUUUAAGGACAGCAGCAGCAGCAGCUUGUACAAUGAAGACAGAAACCUGCUUCGAAUCAGAGAGAAGGAAAGGCGCAACCAAGAGGCCCACCAGGAGAAAGAGGCGUUCCCCGAGAAGGCCCCACUGUUUGCAGAGCCCUACAAGACCGCGAAAGGCGAUGAGCUGUCGAGUCGCAUACAGACCAUGCUAGGUGACUAUGAAGAGAUGAAGGAGUUCCUGAGCAGCAAGUCCCACCCUCACCGCCUGGACGGCUCUGAGGACAGGCCGGGGAAGCCCAGAUACCCCUCGUGUCACGACCGGGGGAUCGGCGCAUCCGGCUCCUUCCGCACACAUGUCUACCACCAGCCUACCCACACUUCUGCUCCCGGAUCACUUUCUGUCAGCAACGUCAGCCAAAGUCCAAAGAUGGCACAGCCCAGGAUGGAGCCGGUGCCAAGUCUCCAUGCCAAAAUCUACGGUGCGCCCGAUGGCCCCCGUCCGGCUCAAGAUCGCCUCAGUCAGGGGCAUUGUUCCAGAAAGUGUGACCGAAGAGCCCAGGGAGACUCGGAGAGGAAGCUCUCGCCCUUCCUCUCCUCCUUGCCGUCCCCCGUGGCCCCACUCUCACCUGCACAUUCCAGGCCGCAGGCAACCAGCAAGGCUCAGGGCGGCGGAACUGGCACUCAGAGCUGCUAUGCCUCCAAGCCUUCCAAGGACCCGGUGGUGAAGGCCCAAGAGAAGGAGACUCCUCUCGACAGCCUGGUGGCAGUUACCAGCCUUGGAGCAGCCCCUCCUCAGCCACCUUGCCAAACAUUUCCACCACCUCCCCUCCCCUCAAAAAGCGUCGCAAUGCAGCAGAAGCCCACGGCGUACGUCCGUCCCAUGGAUGGUCAGGACCAGGCUCCUAGCGAGUCCCCUGAGCUGAAGCCGCCGCUGGAGGACUUUGGUCAGCAAAGCUUUGAGAAACCGGACCUUAAAGUGCCUGCCAAAGCCAAGCUCGCUAGACUAAGGAUGCCCUCGCAGACGGUAGAGCAGCCGUACUCCAAUGAAGUCCACUGUGUUGAAGAGAUUCUGAAGGAAAUGACCCACUCGUGGCCGUCUCCUCUGACUGCCAUACACACACCCAGUACAGCCGAGCCGUCCAGAUUUCCUUUCCCUACAAAGGAUCCUCUGCACAUCAGUUCUGCAACCCAAAGCCAAAAACAAUACGAUGCACCUUCAAAAACCCACCCCAAUCCCCAGCAAGGAACAUCCAUGCUCGAGGAUGACCUGCAGCUCAGUGACAGCGAGGAAAGCGACGUGGAGCAAGCCGUGGAGAAGCCUCCGUCCCCACCUGCACCUCCAAGUGCUCCGCAGACGAUUCCCGAGCCCGUGGCCUCAGCACAUUCCAGUAGUGCAGAGUCAGAGAGCAGCGAGUCAGACAGUUCCUCCGACUCUGAGAGCGAGAGCAGCUCCAGCGACAGCGAGGAGAACGAGCCCCUGGAAACACAGGCUCCCGAGCCUGAGCCUCCAACAACAAACAAAUGGCAGCUGGACAACUGGUUGACCAAAGUCAACCAACCAUCAGUGCCCCUAGAGGGCCGGGGGAGCACAGAGUCUCCACGAUGUCGCCAGGAAAGUAAGGGUGGCGGUGAGGGCAGCAGUGACCAGCAGCAUCCUGAUUCCAAAGACCCUCCCCCGAAGAGUUCCAGCAAAGCUCUCCGGGGUCCCUCUGAGGGGCCGCAGCCCGGGAAGAGGAGCUGUCCGAAGUCCCCUGCUCAACAGGAAACCCCCCCACCUCGGCAAACUGUGGGCAGUAAACAACCCAGAAAACCCACCAAGGGCUCCACCCAGGCAGAGCAGCCCCAGGCCAGCUCUCGGGUAGAGGGUGAAGCAGGACCUGUAGCCUAUGGCUCAAAGGAGCAGACAUCCAAAGACAAACCCAAGGUGAAGACGAAAGGCAGGCCCCGUGCUGUGGGCAGUCGGGAGCCUAAACCUGAGGUCCCCGUACCUGUGCCUCAGGUAGCCGUGCCCAAGCCGCAGCCACCUGCGCCCACCCCCAGCGAGAAGAGGAAACAUAAGAGUUCCACAGCCCCCUCCAAGGCACUCUCAGGCCCUCAGCCAACCAAGGACAGUGCUGGGGACAGGAACCAGGAGCACCCUGCCCUUGUCUCCUUGACUCAGAGCCAGGGUCCACCCAACAGCGGCAAGGGCAGCGGUGGUGGCAGGACUAGUGGUUGCCGGCAGGCCGUGAUCACCCAGGAGGACAGCUGUAGAGACAAGCUCCUGUUGCCUUUGAGAGACACCAAACUGCUCUCGCCGCUCAGGGACUCUCCACCACCGACAAGCUUGGUGGUGAAGAUAACCUUAGACCUUCUCACAAGGGUUCCGCAGCCACCGGGGAAGGGGGGCCGCCCUAGGAAGUCAGAGCACAAGCAGCUGCCAGCAGGGAAGAAGCAGGACUCGGAGGCAAGGGGCUGCGACAGUUCCAGCCGAGUCACCAAGAAGAGAAAGACUGAGCCGGAGAAAGAGCACAGUCACAAGAGGCUCCGACUGGAUAAGUCGCAGACGUCCUCAUCCUCGUCUUCCCACGCAGAGUCUUCCAAGUCAAAGACACCCAGGCCCUCCUCAGAGUGCUCAAGAAAGGAAAUGCUUCCUCCUCCGCCGGUGGUGCCCUCAUCCUCGUCGUCUUCCUCGUCCUCGCAGAAGCCAAGCAAACCUGCACACAAGAGGCCCAGGCCAGAUGCAGACAUUGGUAGCCAGGACCCUCCCAGAAGUUCCGGCAGCGCGAAGAGCAGCUGUACAGACUCUUCAGUUCCGAAGCACAGAAAAGUACAGGCCCGGGACUCUGAACACAAAGGAUCUUCUGGAGAUGCUGCGAAUCCUUUUCCAGUGCCUUCUUUGCCAAAUGGUAACGCUAAGCCAGGAAAGCCACAGGUGAAAUCUGAGAGACAACAAGCUGACUUUCACAUGAAGGAGGCUAAAAAGCUGAAGUGCAAGGCGGAGGCAAUGGUGGACAAGGCUGGAAAAGCCUUCAAGUAUUUGGAAGCCGUCCUGUCUUUUAUUGAGUGUGGAAUGGCCACCGAGUCAGAGAGCUCAGCGAAGUCAGCGUACACUGUGUACUCAGAAACCGUAGACCUCAUUAAGUUCGUGAUGUCGCUUAAAUCCUUCUCAGAUAACACAGUGCCAGCACAAGAGAAGAUAUUUGCUGUCUUAUGCUUGCGUUGCCAGUCCCUUUUGAACAUGGCGAUGUUCCGAUGUAAAAAGGACACGGUGAUGAAGUAUUCCCGUACCCUUAGCGAGCACUUCAGGAGUACCUCCAAAGUGGCCCAGGCACCUUCUCCAUGCGUGGCAAGAAGCACAGGCGUUCCGUCCCCCCUCUCCCCAAUGCCUUCUCCUGCCAGCUCUGGUGGAUCCCAGACGAGUGCUGGCAGCAGUAUGGGGGCCGUAGGGGCGACGGCCACUGUCAGCACCCCGGUCACCAUCCAGAACAUGACCUCCUCUUAUGUCACCAUCACGUCCCAUGUCCUUAAGGCCUUUACCCUUUGGGAACAGGCAGAGGCCCUCACAAGGAAGAACAAAGAAUUCUUUGCUCAGCUCAGCACAAAAGUGCGCGUGUUGGCCCUCAACAGCAGCCUGGUGGACCUGGUGCACUACACAAGGCAGAGCCUCCAGCGACUGAGACAAGUACCCCAGACCCCGCUAAUGUAGGCUGGGCCUACUCGAUGCCUUGUGCCUCUCUGCACAGUUGGAAGCCGUGAUCCACUGUAGACAAUUGUCAGAUGGGGAUGUCAGUACUCGAGAAGAGGAGCGCCGUGAGGCCGUGAGACGACCAGGAUGCUCGACCACUUCAACUCACAGGAGCUGUGUGGUCAUUGGCCGGACACUGGUCAGCUCAGCAGUUGCUGGAAAAUGAUCUUGCCUUUCCAAAGGGAAGGACACAAGUGCAAUGGGGCCCAGCUGGCGUACGAAUUGGUCUAGAAACAUUUCUG